UCUUUUAAAUGAAUAGAAAAUUUAUUUCGAAGCAAAAUUUUAAAUGUGAAUUAGAACCGUAUAUCAACCGACAUCACCGGUCUAAUUUAACAUCAGGUAGUCUCUUUCUCUCCCAGGUUGAUUCAGAAAACACACAGGGAAAUCCAGAAAUUUCAGACACCAGGAAAAGGAAAAAUCUACUAUCUCCAUCUCUCUUCCUCCUAACUAUUCUCUCUAACUCUUAGUUUUUGAGACCCAGAAGAAAAAUAAGAAGGUCUAUGAAAUUACUACAGGGAGAAAUCUUAAGUUAAGAUUUUGAUAAAUUAAUGAAGGAGCGGAGGAAACAAAGAGAGGUUUUAUCAUGGAGCAAAUUCUUCAGUUGUACAAUCUUUGUGGUUAUUUCUUGUGUUCUCUUCACAGGAUUUACCUUCUCUUCUUUUAGACUCUUUCGAGACAAUUUCCAUCCAGUUAUCGUAUCACCAUGGAGAAAUUCAGGCACGGAAGUAAUCAAAGCCGAGAAAGAAGCAUCUCCAAUUACUCAGGUAAUCCAAAUCCAAGAAACGGUCAUAUUCCCUGACCAAGUUUUACUCUUCCUAAAAUACCCUUCCUCAUCUCCUUUAUUAACCAUACACGACCUAGACUGUACUUACUUUCCUCCGACCUCUUCUGAACCACACCUUAAACUCCCACCAUCUUGGAUAAAUGACGGUACUAAAUCUAUCGACCAGUUUGUACGGUGUCCAACCCAUCCACAUGGAUUUAACCCGACUCUCUCCGUUAAAUCCGACGGUGAAAACUCUCUUGCUCUGGGUCCAGCGUACAGUUGGGAGUCUUUAGUAUACGAAGCAGUAAUUGAUAAUUUAGAUAAUACAACAAUUGUCUUCGUCAAAGGUCUUAAUCUACGGCCAGAAAGACUCGGUGUGCCAUCGAGAUACGAAUGUGUUUACGGCUGGGAUUUCAAGAAGCCUAAGUUCAUAUUAAAAUCAGAAGCUGUAUUAUCUGUUGCUCAAGAAAUAGUACGGUGUAAAACACCAUUGAGUGUACUGAAUUCUCAUGAUAAGUCUAUCAAAGUUUCUAUUCGGGUCAAAGGAAGGGGCAUUUUGGAUUCGGUUGCCCGACCUGAUUACUUACUGGAAUCAUCCCACGCAAUCGUCAGGAAAAAACACGAAAUGUGCGUGUGUACUAUGGUGCGCAAUCAAGCUCGUUUCUUACGUGAAUGGAUCAUGUACCAUGGGCGUAUUGGUGUUCAGCGUUGGUUUAUUUAUGAUAACAAUAGCGAGGAUCCAAUUGAUGAAGUAAUCGGUUCACUAUAUGGAGCCGGUUAUAACGUAACUCGUCACUUUUGGCCUUGGAUUAAGACACAAGAAGCAGGUUUUGCUCAUUGUGCGAUCCGUGCACGUGACUCAUGUGGCUGGGUUGGAUUCAUUGAUGUCGAUGAGUUUCUGCACUUCCGUGCUAAUCUAGGUUUGCAUAACGUGCUACGAAAUCGAACGACUGGGUUUAGUCGAAUUGGUGAGCUACGUGUACAUUGUCAUAGUUUUGGACCAUCGGGUUUAAAACGUGUACCUGCACAAGGAGUGGCAGUUGGGUAUACAUGCAGAAUGGCUAACCCUGAGAGACAUAAGAGUAUAGUUAGGCCUGAAUUGUUGAACUCGUCAUUGAUAAAUGUGGUUCACCAUUUUCACAUCCAAGAUGGAUAUGGGUAUGUAAAUGUGGAUAAAGGAGUAAUCGUAAUCAAUCAUUAUAAGUACCAAGUUUGGGAAGUGUUUAAAGAGAAAUUCUAUAGAAGAGUUGCUACAUUCGUAGCUGAUUGGCAAAAUCAAGAGAAUGUGGGGUCUAAAGAUAGGACCCCAGGGUUGGGUACAAGACCCGUGGAGCCACCGGACUGGUCGAGCCGGUUUUGUGAGGUGACAGAUACUGGUAUUAGAGACUUCAUCUUACGGGUUUUGGCAGACCCAUACACGAAACGGUUACCGUGGCAGGAUUAGAAGAACAAUAGUACUUGUUAAAUAGGUAUUUUGCUUUGUUUUUCUCCUUUUCUCGAUGUAAUUUUGGAUAGUUUUGGUUAAAUUCUUUUUGUAGAUACACAUCAAUACCAAUAUAUAAGAGUUUGAAGUUUUCAGUCCA